GCAGGUGCAGGCAACGCAGAUCCUUAAACUUCCAUGGCGCGGAUGCAGCUCUUUCUUCUACACUUUCUGGAAAUAGUACUACUGGCGGAGACAUUCUUUCUACUUGGCCAAUCCUCGUCUGAGGAUAUAUUGAUGGGGAAUAACUCACUUAUCGAUGGCCAGACAUUGAUCUCGACGGGGAGCGUGUUCCAACUCGGCUUCUUCAGUCCGAUAAACGAUUCUGCGACUGCAUACAUAGGAAUUUGGUACUACAAUCACCCACCAACAGAAAACAAAGUAGUAUGGGUCGCCAAUAGGAAUAAAUCUGUCAACACAUCCAUGGCAUCGUUGAAUCUGACUUCCGACGGAAAUCUAAUCUUAUUUGAGAAAGGAACAAAGGUUUGGUCGACAGGAACAUCCAAUGCUGCACGUUUGCAGCUUUUAGACUCAGGAAACCUCGUGCUGACUGACGGCUCUACAAGAAAUCUAUGGCAGAGCUUCGACCAUGCGUGUGAUACUCUUCUCCCUGGCAUGAAGGUAGGAUUCGAUUUCGGAACCAACACUACGCGGCAGCUCGUGUCAUGGAUGAGUGCCACGGACCCUUCUCCGGGCAAGUUCAUCCUCAAGAUGGAGACGUAUAAUGUUCCUGAUUUUUUCUUGCUGAGUGUGAAUGGAUCCGUCAAAUUCGGCCGCACUGGGCCAUGGAACGGGCAAUGGUUCGUCGGCCUUCCAAUGAUGGGGAACGACAUCGGGAUGUACGUAAACUUCACAUACGUGUCCAACCAGAAUAACCAAACCUACUUCAUCGAUGAAUAUCAGACUCGAUCUCCAGGGUUAUUGCGGCUGCUAGUGAAUACCAACGGAAAGAUCCAGCUUUUGAUUUUUGCUGGGGUAGAGUGGACUUCUUUUUUAUCGCUUCUGGCCGACGACUGCGAUAACUACAAUCGUUGCGGCCGCAACAAACUUUGCACAAGGGGCUACCUCUCAAGCUACUGUCGUUGCUUGGUAGGGUUUGAGAACAAAACCGUCGUCGGAUGCGAGAGGAUGGAACCCCUGAGUUGCUCGUCGAACAAGUUUUGGAAGGAGCCGAGCGUGAAGGUGCCAGACACUGAGAAUGCAACCUCAGGAGGCAACAUUAGUCUGGAUUCGUGCAAGAAAUUGUGCUUGGAUGAUUGCUCCUGCGUCGCAUUUGCGGUGAUCAAUGGGCCUUAUGGCUGCAUAACUUGGCGCGGUGACCUGUUGGAUCUCAGAAAUUUUGUCGACGGAGGAGACGAUUUGUACAUUAGGCUUUCAGGAUCGUCAACGUCAAAUUGGAAGAAGCUCGUGUGGGCGAUAGUCAUUUCGGUGUUGCUGGGAUUUUUUUUGCUGUGCAGUGUAGGUGUACUCGCUAGGAGGAGGAGAAACAGAGCAUCGACCUGCAGAUUGCAAUUGCAGCUUCCAAAUGUAGAGAAAGGUUCGAUCAGCGCAUUGGAUGUACUUCCUUCAUAUGAUUUGCAUACUAUAAAAGUUGCAACAAAUGAUUUUUCCGAAGAAAACAAACUUGGGGAAGGGGGAUUUGGUGCUGUUUACAAGGGUGAAUUGGAAAAUGGAGAGAAGAUUGCUGUAAAAAAAUUAUCAAGAUACUCCUCACAAGGCCCAAAUGAGUUCCUAAAUGAACUCUCCGUGAUAGCCAAGUUACAACAUAUAAACCUGGUUCGUCUUCUAGGCUACUGCAUUAAAGGAGAUGAGCGACUUAUGAUACUUGAAUACAUGGAAAAUAAGAGUCUUGAUGCCUUUAUUUAUGAUAAGGCUAAAAGCUCAUUACUAAAUUGGCAAAGACGUUUGAAUAUUAUAAUUGGGAUCGCUCGAGGACUUCUAUACUUGCAUCAAGACUCUAGAUUGAAAGUCAUUCAUCGUGAUCUUAAGCCGAGCAAUAUUCUCCUUGACAAGGAUAUGAAUCCAAAGAUUUCAGAUUUUGGCAUUGCAAGGAUAUUUGAAGGAGAUAAUGCUCUUGAGGAUGCAACAACGAGACCAGUCGGAACAUUUGGUUAUAUGGCACCUGAAUACUUAUCACGUGGAGUUUUUUCAUUCAAGUCAGAUGUGUUUAGCUUCGGUGUGAUAGUACUCGAAAUCAUAAGUGGAAAGAAGAAUAGAGUAUUCAGUCAAACUAGUCAAACUGAUACAAAUUUAAAUCUUUUAGGAUAUGUGAAUAAACUUUGGAAAGAAGAAAGAUCUUUAGAGAUUGUUGAUGAUACAUUAAAUCAAUCAUAUCCAACGGAAGAAGUUCUACGUUGUAUCCAAAUGAGUCUUCUAUGUGUACAAGAUAAUAGUAACGAUAGGCCAACCAUGACAAAAGUGAUGGCGAUGUUAACAAGUGAUGACCAACUCUUUACUCCGGUUAUGCAACCUGAUAUAACAUCAACUAGUAGCGAAGGUGGUUUCACCACCAACGAAAUGAGCGUCACACUUGUAGGUCGAUGAUGUUAGUUAGAG